UUCAUAUGUUUAUCAUGCACGCGUGUUGUGUUGUUAUCAGCUGUCGACAGCGCAAUGAUACCAAUCACAUCAGUGACGCACUUUGUAAUAAGUUAGGAAGAAGUUUUCUGACAAAAUGACUAGGCGUUGUGUUGUGUUACUUGAGAGAAAUGAAACAAACAUGUACCUCAGUACUACGGAAUUGUUACUGAAAAUUGUAGACGCAGUACUGCAGGAGCCUUCGAGUCCGAAAGCUAGGACAUAUAAGCUAGCUAGUCCAGCUGUUUCAGAGAAACUUCGUGCUACCGUUGGAGCUAUGGAAUGUUUGCGUGAAAUGGGUUUCCAAGAGAUGAAUGACAAAUUGGUUCUAUCACCAGAAGCGUCACUGGAGAACAUAAGACAGAUACGCUCAGAAAUAGUUAAUAGAAGGCGUAAUUAUGAAACAUUCAAUGCUGUUAACAAUUCCAGUGAAAUGUCUUCAGCAAGCUCUGAAGGUGCUAGUGCUACACAGCAUGUAAGUCAUUUCAUCAUGGAUGUUGCUGGGGCCAUGAAAAACAAAUUGUUACAGAAGAAGGCCUUGAAGUUAAUUCCACUAACAGAGCUGGAGAUAAAAGCAGUUAAAACACAUGCGAUCCUUACAAAAAAGCCAUUAAAAAUGGUGCAGAGGACAAUGGAGCAGAUGUGCAGGGACAUACUUUUGUUAGAAUUGAUGGCAUGGUUUAAAAGAAUCAUUUUUCUCUCAUGGGUUGAUUCUCCAAAAUGUUGGUUUUGUCAAGGAGAAACAAAAAUUUCGUGGCCACAGUACAAUUGUGGCAGCCCAUUUUUAAACUUACUGGGCACAAGCACCUUACAUUCAAAGAAAAUUGUAUAUAUGUGCACCUUGUGCCAGGAAGUAACACUCUUUGUUCGGUACAAUAAAACUGAAAAACUUCUAGAGACAAGGAAAGGACGUUGUUCAGAAUGGGCAAAUUGUUUUGCUCUGUUGUGCAAAUCACUUGGUUGGGAUGUUCGUGUUGUCUAUGAUGUGACAGACCAUCUUUGGGUGGAGGUGUUCUCUGUAAGUCAACAAAGGUGGAUACACUGUGAUCCUUGUGAAAAUGCCUAUGAUAAACCUUUAAUGUAUGAAGUAGGUUGGAAGAAAAAUCUUUCAUACGUGAUUGCUUUUUCUUAUGAUGAUGUACAAGAUGUCACUUGGCGCUAUACCUGCAAUUUCAAUUCAGUAUUAAGGCGCAGAAAUUUGUGCUCUGAGCAGCAGCUCUUGGAUAUUAUGUUUGCUAUAAGAGAGAAAAGACAACGUGGUUUGUCAUUGGCAAGAAAAGAGUACCUCAAGAAGCGAAUGUUAAAAGAACUUGUGGAAUUUCUAACACCUCCAAAGCAGACUGAUGCAGCAUAUGAGGGGCGCACCUCAGGUUCCCUGCUCUGGAGACUUGCAAGGGGAGAGGUUACAGAAAAAGUUACAUAUGUUUGGGCUCCAAACACUGCAGAAAUUUCAGCUCAAAGAUUUCAGUUAAGUUACUCCUGUGAAAAGGACAAAUAUUUUCGAAGUACUAACACUGAGGAGGCCUGCAUUUCUGGAUGGCAGAAUGGUGUGUUUGAAUUUGAUUCAGUCUUUCGAAAAGAAGAAAAAGACUGGAAGAUGUUCUAUUUAUCAAGAACAGAGGGAAGCCCAAAAGGCACCAUUACAUGGAAAUUUGACUUUUCAUCCUCUGGCUUAGUUAUAGAAACAGUGAAUCUUGUGUUUGUGAGAAGCGUGUUUGAAAAUGGUGUUAUUAAGUUACUAAUGAUAGGGGAUACAAACAACAUGGAAGUACCACCAAAUGAAACAGCAGUUUCCACAAAGGUUUUAGAUGGUUCCAAGUGUUUGACCCUGAGUGCUGAACUAAGUAGAGGGAGAGGUGCAACAGCAUGGCAGCAUGCACAGCUUUUCCGUGAGCCAGUUGGCAGCACGACUUAUCCAUUCAACAUUGUUAUCAAACUAAGGAAAAUGUAAAUAGCAAAACAUUGCUCAAAAAAAAAAAAAAAAAAAAAAAAAAAAAAAAAAAAAAAAAAAAAAAAAAAAAGAGACACUGUACUAUCUUAUGUGAACUCAUUUUCUGUGAUUAUCUUGUGGAAAUUGAUUUUGUGGCAUUGUCUACAAGUGAUACACAGAACUAAUUUGUGUUUAUCCAAACAUAAAUUGUAUUGGUGAAGUUUAUAGGGGACCAUGCACGUGAUCCCCCCUUGCAUGCUGUGUUUGGCAAGUGUUUGCAAUGUGUUGUAAUAAGGAGGGUCCACAAAUAAGAGAUUAGUAUGGUUUACCAAUGGAAACUUCUCGAAGAGUUGAUGGUCUUUACACUGGGAAAUUGGAGUAGGUGGCACUUUGUGCACAGUUCCUCAUCACUUUUCUGCAUUUUACAGAAAUGAAGAGAAUGAUGUGCACAAGGUAAAAAUAUAAAUUACAAGUUUUAUGUGCAUUAUUAUUUUGAGCAUGUUGGAGAGUCAUGUUUUUAUUCUCCAUAUGUAAAAUUACGAUCUUAACAAACUGGUAAAACAUAUUUCUGCCAUUCUUACUUCUCUGACAUCACAAUUAUGUUUAUGUUGGAAGAUAUUGCUUUAGUUUCCUAAGAAUAAAAUUGAUUCAUCUCUA